CGUUUCCGCCCGGCCCGGGGAGAAGCCGCCGCUGCCGCCGGGGGAGGGGCCGCCGCUGCCGCGGCUGAGCGCUCGCUCUCGCCGGCUGCCCGGGACACGCCGUGGCGCCGAGCCGGGCCUGGUGCCGCGCAGGGGCCCGGGGAACGGGCCGGCCAGGUUUCCCCAUGUCCGUGACGUGUUGGCCGAGGCUCUGCGGCUCCUCUCCGCCCUCGGAGCGGCCAGUCGCUGCCCUCUGGACUCCGUGAUCCCCGACGGGCGUCAUGAGCAUUGCAAUCCCUCUGGGAGUCACCACACCAGAUACGUCCUACUCCGACAUGGCUGCAGGAUCGGACCCAGAGUCUGUGGAAGCUAGUCCAGCUGUCAGUGAGAAGAAUGUGUACUCCAGCCACGGCUAUGGGGCCACCCAGAAACACAGCUAUCGCGGGCUGCCUUACGCAGAUCAUAAUUAUGGAGCCCCUCCUCCUCCAACGCCGCCAGCCUCUCCUCCUGUCCAGACCAUUAUACCUCGUGCAGAACUGAAUGGCCUGCACUCGCCUGAUGAGGAGAACUCCGGGGAUAGUGAGAGCUCCUCAGAAGGAGAAUCAAUUCCCACUUGGUGCCACUGCAGUGUCUCCCAAGAUGGUUUCCUCCUCAAGUGUGAAAAGUGCAGCCUGACAAGUGUUGGUGGCACCAGGAGUGGAGAUGAGGAUGUUAAAUCGAUGUUCUUAUCAUCCUGGGCCCCACUGAGGGCACGCAUCUUGUGACAUCCUGUUGAAUUUCAAGUGACUUUACUCCUACAAACCAGCUUCAAUUGUGCAUUCUCCUUUGGCAGAGGAAUGAGCAGGGGGAAGGUGAUCAGACUCCGCCACCGGAAGCAGGACAACGUGUCAGGCGGGGACAGCAGUGCCACUGAGAGCUGGGAUGAAGAACUCUCUCCCUCCACAGUGCUGUACACGGCCACGCAGCACACGCCCACCAGCAUCACGCUGACCGUCAACCGCGUCCGCAGGAGCAAACCCAAGAAGAGGAAGAGGAGCACGGAAAAGGCUCGCGCUGCUCCAAAGGCCAAAAAGAUCAAGGCUUUUCGAGAGGGCUCGCGAAAGUCUCUGAGGAUGAAGAAUUCCCCUUCUGAAGCACAUGCCUUGGAUGAAAACACAGCUGAAGGGUGGGAGAAUCGGAUCCGCCUCUGGACAGACCAGUACGAGGAAGCCUUCACCAACCAGUACAGUGCUGAUGUGCAGAACCUGCUGGAGCGUCACCUGAACUCUAAUAAAGACUAUGUGGGCAAGACUGCUAUGCUGGACACAAUCAACAAGACAGAGCUGGCCUGCAAUAACACUGUUAUUGGGUCCCAGAUGCAGCUGCAGCUGGGAAGGGUGACUCGGGUUCAGAAGCACCGGAAGAUCCUGAGGGCAGCAAGAGACUUGGCACUAGAUACCCUCAUAAUUGAGUAUCGAGGGAAAGUUAUGUUACGACAGCAAUUCGAGGUCAAUGGGCAUUUCUUCAAAAAGCCAUAUCCCUUUGUGCUGUUCUACUCCAAGUUCAAUGGCGUUGAGAUGUGUGUUGAUGCCCGCACCUUUGGUAAUGAUGCCAGGUUCAUCAGGCGGUCCUGCACCCCAAACGCAGAGGUUCGCCAUGUGAUUGCUGAUGGGAUGAUCCACCUGUGCAUCUAUGCUGUUGCCACCAUUGCCAAGGACACAGAGGUUACCAUCGCCUUUGACUAUGAGUACAACAUCUGCAAUUAUAAAGUGGACUGUGCGUGUCACAAGGGGAACCGGAAUUGCCCUGUGCAGAAACGUAGCCCAAAUGCUGCAGAACACCUACCUCCACCUGUUUUAGGCACACUGAUUGGGGCAGAAACUCGCCGGAGAAAGGCCCGGAGAAAGGAGCUAGAAAUGGAGCAGCAGAGCAUUGCGUCGGAUGAGAACGGCAGUCAGCAAACUGAGGAAGUUCCUGAGGGACCUGCAGCAGUCAGUGACAAUGAGGUGCCAGAGAAGGAGGAGAAACAAGAAGGGGAGAAGGAGGAGCCUGUGGAUGAACAGGGAGCCUUGGUCCACAGCAGACGGUCCCGGGAAGACAGGAAGGUAGAAGCCAUCAUGCACAUGUUUGAGAACUUAGAAAAGAGGAAGAGGAGACGAGAGCAGCCAUCAGACCGUAACAGCACUGAUGCUGAAAUCAGCGUCAAUUCUGAAGCUCCUGAGCUGGAAGAAGUAAAAACAGAGACUCCUGAAACUGAAGAUGGAAGUGCAGCACUGAGUGCUCCUGCUCCUCCUCCUCCUGCUCCUGCUCCUCCUCCUCCUCCUCCUGCUGUUUCUAACAGUACUGGCAGUACUGGGGUGAACACACGACGGUCCUCACAAGUAGCGGAUGCUGUCCCUGAAAAAACAGUGACUAAGCCAGCUCCAGCAAAACCCUCCAGGCCCCGACCAAAAAGUCGCUUCUCUCGAUACCGGACCAGUUCAGCACAGAGACUGAGAAGGCAGAAACAAGCCAGUUCCCAGCAAGCUGAACUCACACAGGCUGUCCCAGAGGAAGGAAACACUGCCAGCUUGGUAACCACAACAGAUGUCAGCAAUGUGGAAGGGCCAGGAGAAGGCAGACAGUUGACAGGAUCUGACCCAACUGCUGUCCUGGCUACAGGAUCCCAGUCUAAAGCUGCAGUCAAGUACCCCAAAACAAAAAAGUACCUGGUUACCGAAUGGCUGAACGACAAGGCAGAAAAGCAGGAGUGUCCAAUUGAGUGUCCUCUGCGCAUUACCACAGACCCAACAGUUUUGGCAACUACCCUGAAUAUGUUGCCAGGUCUCGUGCACUCCCCGCUGAUCUGUACCACACCUAAACACUACAUUCGCUUUGGUUCACCUUUCAACCCUGAGAGACGUCGAAGGCCCUUCCUGUUGGAUGGCAUUUACAGCUCCUGUAAGAAGCGCUGGAUCAAACAAGCCCUGGAAGAGGGGAUGACUCAGACCUCACCAGCUCCACCUGAGAACAGAACCCAGUGUCUAUACCAAAGCAAUGAGAACAGCAGCUCCUCCAGCAUCUGCAAAGAUGACACAGACUUGCUGAGUCCCCUGAAGAAAUGGAAGUCUCGCUACCUGAUGGAGCAGAACGUCAAGAAGCUGCUGCGGCCGCUGUCGCCGGUCACUCCCCCGCCUGCCGUCCCCUCGGUCCCCGGCGCUGCCAGCCCGCAGCUGGCCACGGCCUGCCCCUCGCUGCCCGCGGAGGAGGAGGCUCGCAAUGGCUACGGCGUCAUGUUCUCACCCAUCCCCUCCCUGGCUGCCAGCCGCUGCAAUACUCCACUACAGUUCGAGAACGUGUCCUCCCCCGAGAGCUCCCCUGCGCAUAGGCCCGAGUCCAUGUCACCUGAGGUCUGCCUCCGAUCCGACCUGGAUUUGAAGGGUGGCUACCUGGAUUCCAGUGCAAACACCUGCCAGGAACGGCCGUCGCUGCUCAGCUUUGCAUCCUCUGAUGUGGCUCCACAAUCCUCCAUAAACUCUACUUCAGAGAUGAACUUCCCAGGGAAAAGUGGGGAAGCACAGAUGCUGCUACGAAGCUCUGAUCAGGCUUUUCGGACAGAGUUUAAUUUAAUGUAUGCCUUCUCCCCACUGAACGCUAUGCCGCGUGUGGAUGGGCUCCUGCGGGGCUCUCCUCCUCUGGCAGAGAGGAAGCCCAUGAAUUCAGAGGCAGCAUGCUGCAGCUCUCCUGCCGAAGGGUAUUUCAGCAGACACGAGUCAGGGCUGCUCAAAGAGACAGCACAUGGGUCCAUGUCCCCCUGCAGCGAGAGGGCUGCUGAAGGCACCAGAGCUGCUCCCCAGAAUCCGCCACAAAGGAAGAAGGUGUCGCUGCUGGAGUACCGCAAGCGGAAGCAGGAGGCCAAGGAGGGCGGCGAGUCCGGGCGCGGCGCGGGGCCCCCGAGCCGGCAGGGCAGCGCCGGGGCUGACCCGGACGGGAACGGGAACGGGAACGGCCCGGCGGGCGGCACCGCCCGAACGCCCUCCUCCCCCCAGAGCGGCUUCUCCCCUUCCCAUCCCUCCCUGCCUCACGUAGAGGACAUCAGCCCACCAGACUCGAGGGGCUGCAGUUCCUCAUCGUCGCUCAGUAAAUCCCAGGAGAGCAUCAGCAGUAGGUGGAUGGUGCCGACGUCGGUGGAGAGGCUGCGGGAGGGCCGGGGGAUGCUGGAGAAGGUGCUGCGGAGCGGUGCCAAGGUGUCCCAGAGACACGAAUCCUCCCCUCCCCAGGACUCUGCUCUUGACAGAGAUGCAGAUGCAGCAGAAGGAGACACUCCAGAAGCCCACAAAGGACCAGCAGUUUACAGUCCUUCUCGAUACAGCUACCAGCUGCUGCAGUCUGACAGUCCCCAGGCAGAGUCACAGACCCUGCUCCAGCAGAACUCCUCCCCGUACCGAGGGCACCUGGCGCCGUCUCCUGGCUACAGCUACCGAGCAGCAGCACAGAGGACAGGACACAGCCUGUCCCAUGGUUCCUCGGAAACAUCCCUCUCCUCCACCUCAUAUUCCAGCCCUGCCCACUCGGUCUCCACAGACUCCUCUGCCCUGUUUGCAGGGAAUUCGGGGUAUUUCAGCAGCCAGCAGCACUCUGGCAGUGUCAGCAGCAGCCUCCUGAGGAAGAGCUGCCCUGCGGCUGCCAGCCCGGCACAGCAGACAGCUGUGGACUCUCUCUCCUCGGAGUCGGGCUCCCAGCCCUGCACAGGCGUGUCGGGCUCUUCCUCCGCUCCCCAAAGCGCUCGCUCACUACAGUCGGACUCGCGGACUAUCAGCCUGCCGAGCUCGGGCCAGGCUGCUCUCUACCAGGGCUCCCGGGGCGCAGUGAUUUCCAAUGCACAACACUACCCGCACCGCGGGGGAAGCAGCGUCCAUCAGUACAGACUGCAGCAGCUUCAAGGUUCUGGAGUAAAGACUCAAACAGGACUUUCCUAGGGCUGCCUGGACUUCAGGAGGACAAAACUGCCCAUAGCUCCUUCCAGUCACCCCUGGAAGUGGCUCCUGGGCUGGUGUUGGAAGCUUGCACCUGAUGCUGGGGUGCCAGGGGUCAGAGGCUGAGGUCGAACGUGCACGGGUGAGAUUUGUGAGCAGUAUUGGCCUCUGGCCUGGUAGGAGAACACAGAUUUCUCUGAGGCAGAGACUGUAGCAAAGCAGUUCCCUGACAUAUGGGUACAUUGCAAAAGCAAAAAGAAACAAACAGAAAAAAAAAAAGAAAAAAAGAAAAAAAAAUGAAAAUGGUUCAAGUGCAAUGACUGUGGCACAGCCUCUGUCUCUGGUCCGUGCCCAUGGCCACAGUCACACAUGCAGCACGGACACAGUUCUGAAUUCAAAAGCAGUUUAAAGGAAACGUUGGGGGAAGUUAACUCCAAUCUCUUUAUAGGUCAGGUUCUCAGUGCGUUCUGGGGAGGGCUUUAAUCCGUUACGAUCAUUCCAGUCACAAGCAGACGAGCGCACACGGCUGCCUUUGGGCUUGGGUCGCCACUGCCGCCGUCGGAGCUUUUUCCAGGACAGGAGAGUCUCCGCAGAUGCAAAGAGCACGGGAGGGGUUUGGAGCGUGUGCCUGUGGCUGCAGGGGAUCCGGGGUGCGCUGUCGUGUGCUGCUUCACCGCAGUCUGUCGUGAACGAGUGGUUUUGAGGUCGCUUAAGGAAUCUGUGAACAGGAGCACGGCUGGGGCCGCGCUGCCGCGCCGGGGGCUCUGUGGCUGCUGGUGUGCAACGCACAGGGGAUGGCCAGGGCUCAUCAGUCAAGGGAUGCUGCGGCACACGGGGGUGCAAGGGGCAGUGGUGGGGUGGUGGGUGGGCACCCCGGUCUGUGCUGAGCCAGAGGCUCUCCAGGCAGCGCCGUGUGGGGUCUUUCCCAGCCACUGUCACCCGCCGAGCGUGGCAGGAGAGCCAGCCCAGACACAGUGCGCUGUGUGUUCAAUUCCAUACGAUUGCCAGCUUCUUUCUCACUUGUUUACUGUAAUAUCGGGCGUGUUUUUAUUUAUCUAAUUUUAUAUUCAGUUAUAACCAUAGUAGGUUAGCUAAUAUAUGACAGGUGUCAUCCCUGGUGCUGCAGUGGAACUUCUCCUUUCUCUUGGAUAACAUAAUGCUGUGAGUCUGUCUCCCCUCUCCUUGCAGAUGCACAGUCUUCUUCCUCUUUUUUUAGGACUGUUACAGAUUUCUCUAAUUCACAACUGAAAUCAGGUGUUUGUUCAGCCUAGGGGAGACUUUUAAAAUAUUGAAACAAAGAGUAGCUUUCUCACACUGUCUGGCUGUGAGCGUGUUGGGAUGGAACUUGUCACCCCGCAGUUGGGUGUCUGUAUACUGUAUAACAUAGGUGUAAACUUCACUUGGCUUAGCCCUGGAGGUGCAGCCUCCCCUUUCGUGCUCUGAGCAGCACGGGGCAGACGGGCUCUGCCCUGCCAGGCAGCGGGAGGGGGCCAGGGGGGCCCUGCCCAGAGGUUCCAGCACCUUCGGGCGCAGUUAGGGGGGCAGGAGGGAGGGACCCUGGAAAGCUCUAGGAAAGGUGGGGGCUGUAGCUUCUUACUCUAGUGGAGUUUUUACACCAUGCUGUAACAUUUGAACUUUCACAAGAGAUGUAAUAAUUUUGAUAAUAAAAAUACUUAACUUGAAAA